UAUGUUGUCUUAUUUGUUUGUAUUUUAAACUAACUUUAGAAUUAAAUAAUAAAAUGAUAGAAUUAUGUUUCAUUUGAUCUGUUUUGAAUUUAAAAGUUAUUCCAGUGAGCUAAAUAGUUUUUCUUUUCCAAUAAUCUUGCCAUGUCUGCUGUAUUGUUCUAAAAAUAUCUUACCUGUAUGCGUCAAUCUGUUAUUAUUUUUGACUAUAAUGCAAAAAUACCAUAAUGCCUAAAUAAUUCAAAUUUAUUUAAUAAUUCAAUAAUGAGGAAACUAGCACUGUGGAAACUUAGUGUUUUAUUGUUUGUGAGUUUUCUGAGUAUAUAUUGUUUGUAUUGCAAAACUUAUACAAAUAAUUUAGACAAGAAACCUUAUUCAAGAGCUGUUGAAGUGCAACUUAAAAAGGAAGUGGAAAGAAUAAUAUUGUCAUUUGUAGUUUGUGACUCAAGAUACAAUGAAUCAUUGAAUGUUGUGAAAUCUGUAUUAAUAUUUACAAAGACACCAGUACACUUUGUUAUAUUUACUGAUGAAAACUUAAGGCCAAAAUUCAAUGAGACAUUGAGCAAAUGGAGAAUUAUGACUAAAAAUCAGUUGGAGUUUGAAUUACACAAAAUAAAUUUUCCAGAGGCCCAUAAGGAGGAUUGGAUGAAUCUAUUCAGUAAAUGCGCUGCUCAAAGACUAUUUAUUCCGAAACUAAUACCUCACAUAGACUCCAUGAUAUAUGUGGAUACAGAUACAUUGUUCCUAGGACCUGCGGAUGAAUUAUGGGGUUACUUCUCCCAGUUUAAUAGCUCUCAGAUAUCUGCAAUGGCAUUGGAAGAUGACAACCCAAAUGUGUCUUGGUAUCCUAGAUUUGCGAAACAUCCAUUUUAUGGGAAAUAUGGUGUGAAUUCUGGUGUGAUGUUGAUGAAUUUAACGCGUAUGAGAACCUUCAGCUGGGUUGAUUAUGUCACUCCCAUCAUGCUGAAAUGGAAGCUUUAUAUUCCUUGGGGAGAUCAGGACAUCAUAAAUAUAAUAUUCCAUUAUCACGAGCGCGCGGUGUUCGUACUACCAUGUCGGUACAACUACCGCUCCGACCAGUGUAUGUACGGCGACGCCUGCUUGGACGCCACCAAAAGAGGAAUCUUCCUCCUCCACGGAAGCCGUAAAGCGUUUCACAGUCAUAAACAACCUGCCUUUGAGGCGAUAUAUCGAGCAAUUAACGAGUAUAAUAUUGGUACCGAUACAACAGAUAUUCUUUUGAAUAAAAUGGAAAAGUAUUUCAUGGAGGCGCCUACUUCUAACUGCGGAAACUUAAAAAAUGCCUUUUUUCGAGUACCCAUUAAUACUUCUAAUCAAUUAAAUGGCAAACCCAAUAGAUAGCUUGUAGAUUGAUUCAAUCAACUAUAGGAUAUUAUUGUUAUUAGUAUUAGUCAUAUAUAAAACAAUACAGGUUGAUUUUGAUUUUUAAAAUCAGUUAAGUAUUAAUGAAAGUAUUAAAUUAGGCAUAUGAAUGUUUAUUUUCGAGAAUGAUCUUUUGCACUGUAAGUUUUUUUUAAUAUGUGAGAUUAAUGAAGUUUUUAAUACUCAGUGUAAAAAAGCAGUAUUUCAUCACCAAAGUUUGAUAUUCAACAACCCUAUUACCAAUUUUAUUGUUGGUGUUUCAAUUGCAAGGUUAAAUUACUGCCUCACAUAUUUUAGGCAUUUUUGAGGUUUACAUUUGACACUGGAAAUUCCAGAUUAAAAUUUAAAGGUGCAGAUAUAAAUUUAUGUUUAAGGAUACCUAUAAGGAUUUGCUUACCUUAGAAUGUAUACCUACUUUUUUAUUUAUAGGUACAGUAUUUAAGCAUCCCGUCCUUGUUAUACCCACAUACGACUUACCGCUAUGCGAGGGCUUAUCGAUAGCCACAAGUAUCGACAUCGCAAUUUUAGCAUCCAAUAUAUGCCUUGACUAAGCUUUAGUCUGACAGGGAUGGCUGAUCAUUACCUCCAAAAAAAUUAAAUUGUUGCUAGCCCAUUUAAAUAAAAUCUAAUAAUAUUGAAAAGAGUAUUUAUUUAUCUGUUUCAGCUGACUAGUGUAAAAGGAUCUGUUAAGUUUGGGUUCACGCAAUGCUAUAGCAUACCGUAACGGCCGGAGUUAUUUAUUAUUUAAUAAAAAUACAUUAGAAAAAAACGAUACCUAUAUCCACCCCUUCACCAGGGGUAAACUCAUGAAAAUGGCCAAAAAGUACCAAACUUUUGUUGCAUAAUUACACAAUAGAUCUAGUAAAUAAUAGUCUAAGUUUAACAACUUUAUGGUUUUCGAAGCAAUGAUAGCAAUGACAUUCCUCUUAAAGUACUAACCUUACGCUCCCGAUUAUUUAUUUAAUCUGCUAGUAAUAAAUAUUUGACAGUGUGAUGAUGAUUAACAUACACGCAAAUGAUUGUAUAAUAUUGUAUAUGCAAGCUAUGCAUGCAUACCGUCUUUUUACUGUUGUGUCCAGCGGUUAGUUAACCAUCAGUAAUGGUCAUAUUUUAAAUCACUUGAUUCGCGUUGUUAUUGUACCUAUUCCAAUAGAAGGGAAUGUUGCCACAAAAUAGUUUUCAGUCUUUAUUACCUACAAACUUAUAACGCUAGAGGAUGCCACCCACAAAUUAUUACUACCUCUACCUGAUAGUGUGUGCGUAUUAGUUAAUGAAUUAGCCAAUGAAAAAUCUUAGUGGCGUGACUUAAGUUAUCCAGUAUGACAUUUAUGUUUUAUAGAUCUCUAUAUUAUGUAUUUAUUUGAAAAUGUUCAAGCAUCAAAAUAAAGUUUUAU